CGGCACUCACUGCAGUCACAACAGCAGCUCUGAGAGGUCACUGGACCAUAGGAAGAUCCACUGGACCUGAAGACCGCCUGGUGCUCGGCUGGGACACCGACACCUACACCUUGUACUAGCACUACUACUACUACUACUACUACUUCUACUACUAGUACUACUAGAAUACAAAAUGAAGGCAUUUAGCAUUGCAGUUGCAGUGACACUCGUGCUGGCCUUUGUUUGCGUCCUGGAGAACUCUGCAGUCCCUUUCAACGGGGUGCAGGAGGCGCAGGUGGAGGAGGCGCAGGUGCAGGAGGAGGAGGCGGGAGACAACACUCCAGUGGCAGACGUGCCAGGGGAGCCAUGGACGGUGCUGUACCACGGGCGGCAGAGGCGGCAGAGCAACCUGUCGCUGUGUCGCUGGUGCUGCAACUGCUGCCGGGCCUACAAGGGAUGCGGAUUCUGCUGCAAGUUCUAAAAAAAAAAGGAGGCGGCUGCAGAACAAGCAAGACAAUAAUUGUAUGAGGCGUGACUUGCAGAUGUUUGUAUUCAAUCUGUAUUUAUUUGAUGUUUUUAAGAGCCCUUCUUUUUUUCUGACUUACUUUACUUUUCUGAGGCUCCUUCAUGCCCAAUAAAUGAUCUUUUAAAGCAAA